GGAAAUGGACACGAAAUUCGAAGGUGGAAAAAGUCCCUCUGAGAAAGAAAGACUGAAAUGAAAACAUCUCCGUCGCACUCAAAAACAGCAACACCACCAAAUAUGGGCACUCUACUCCUCUCCCCAGAACAAGGAGGCAAUUAAAUACCCCCCACGACUGGAACGGGAACACCCACCCAUUGAUAACACCUUAUCCACAUCAACUUUAUACGCGGAUAUCAAAAACGACAGGUGGACGAGUCGUUUUGGUUGGUGUCGUAGGAGACGACGAUUGUUGAAAAUGUAGCGAGGAAAUUUUCAAACUGAUAUUCAACCGAGGAAGAAGAAGAAGCUGAAGGGGUUGAAUAAAAGUAUAAACAUGGGAAAGCGAAAGAGAAGUGGAAGUUUUUCAAAGUCGGAUGAUCCAGGAGGGGCCAAACGGAGUGAUGCAGAAGACAGUCAAGAAGAGUUGGAUGGGGAAACUGCUGCUUGCUCAACAAAAGGGGCUACUCCUGGGGGAGUGGGUACGCGGUGCAGUGCAAGGGUCCAGGAAAAGCAAGAAAAAUUGCGUAGAGAAUCUUCCCCUAGUAAACAAAUUCUUCCACUUGAGGUGAACUGUUCUUCCUCAGCGACUGGUAGCAACGUGGCUUCAGCAGUUUCAAAAGGAAGUGUCAAGAAUCCGUCUCCCAACAAUGACAACGCACCAACAUCCAACGAGGUAGGGGCCAGUAGUCAGAUGGGCCCAGCUUUAGAAGAGAAACGAAAAAAGAGGACAUGGGAAUUGUGGAGUAUCGAAGACAAACAACUAUUUUUUGAAGCUCUUAAUGAAAAUGGAAAAGACUUUGACGCUAUUCAAAACUAUUUGGCUUCAAAAGCCAAGUCUAGAAAGUCUGGUGCUUGUGGACAAUACGCUCCCAAGAAUAAGGACCAAGUUCGUCAUUUUUAUUACAGAACGUGGAAUAAGAUCUCAAAAUAUCUCAGAUUUCCUGAUGGAAUGAAAAAAGCCAAUCAAGAGUUGUACGGAUUAAUCAAUUAUGGUGAGUUACGUAAGAAGCAACGAAUACUAAAUUCCAAGACUGCUACCAAGUUGUGCGAACUAGUGGAGAACGGAAUUACGUCAAUUAAAUUUCGAGGAAAGACUUGCCGAAUUAAGACUCCCGUAUGCCGUGCACUCAAGCGGUUGAACGGACUGGACGAUGUCGAGCAUACAAGAGUCCCUCAUAAAGUUAGUGUGGAGUUCAUUCCUAGAGAUGGAAAAACUUGGAGAUCUAUUCAAAGUGUGUCUCAGAACCCUAGGAUAAAAAUUGUCGCAAGCCUGCAAAGGACAUUUUCUUCCAUUAUAUCAUACUUGGAGAACAAAUGGAAGAGGAAGGAUGAUCGAUUGAAGGAACAAUUUUCGUCUGUGUUUGGAAAAGCACCUACGAGGCUCAGAAUUAUCCCAGAUCGUCGAGAUUUCAACAUCCCUUUAUAUCGGGUUGCUGAAAAUACUAACUCGGCAACAAUUUGCCUUCGAUCUUACAAGAAGAAUGUUUUAGUCUGUGAAACUCAAGAUGAGAAUGAAACCAGCUCAAAAAUUAAACGUAAGAGGAAACAGUCUGGAGGAGGAGUAGGAGCAAGUGGUGGCGGUGGUAAUAACAUCCCGAGUUGUUCAACUGAUACUCCGGUGGUAUCUGCAAAAUGUCUAGUUCCUUUCGAGUAUCCUAUGGACCCUGAAGAAACCAGUGAUGCAGAAUCACAGUCUGCUCUUCUUUUCCCUCUAGCUUCAGAAGAUUUACAGUCAAAUUUUCGGGACGACCAAGUUUAUUUUUUAGCGGAGCAAUCGGAUGAAAAUGCUCUAUCUACAAAAGACGAAAUCUUUUCAAGACACUUUAAAAAUAUUGAAGACUAUACAAAUGUCUUUCGUGAUAUAGGAUAUCCUGCAGAUGAGAACCAAAACGGCGAGAUUAAUCAUUUACAACAAACUGAAACAGACAAUGAUGACGUGGAGCAUGAGCUUGAUGAAGCCCCAGAAGAAAAAUUUCCUGAAGUGGAGGCGAAACCCGUGAAAACGGAAAAGUUUAUUUCUCAUCUUUGGGACGAAGAUCAAGUUCGGCGAGGUUGGACUGCAGAAGAGACAGGAACGAUGACAGUUGGAGAAGUUUACCUUAUGUUGGGACAAACCGAAAAAAUAAGUUUCGAGUACUUUUGGGAUGGCCCCGACAGCUUAGAGGAUGUUCGAACUCACAGUUUGCUAGAAAAACUAAUUAUGACUGCAACUUUUCUCCGGAAAAAGAAAACUCCAAGAUCUAAAGCGACGACUAUCUUAAACGCCUCGAUAAAAUGUGGGGCUCAACUGAAAUGCUCUACAUGUGGUGUGAAGAUAGAAGUACCUGCCAAUCUUUCUUGCUCCACCAAAACAUGUUCAGCGUCUGGUACUGCAUCAUCUAUUAAUGCUGUUCCCAAUACAGCACAACCUCCGCUACUUGUACCUAGGCUCAAAAGUAAUGCACCUCUUAGCACAAGCACAACGAACGGCAAGCAAUUGUCACUGUUCCCCCCACCACAAGCCAUACUAUCUGCCGAACCAAAUGUAGCUUUAACAAUUCCAUCCAACAUGGACAAACUGUCAGUCAGUGCCACCUCAUCUUCCUCUUGCGAGUUCACUGGAUCCAAACAAGAAUUAUCUGAUCUAGACAAGUCACUUUGUUUGAGUAGGUUUAUAAUACCAAAAACAGAGCCCGGUAACCUAACAGAUAACCAAAUGAGAUUUAAAACGUCAGAAACUUUAGAUGAAGGAAUUUCACCGGUGAAUGGACUUCCUAAUCAACAUCAAAUUUAUAAUAACGGUCAGAGCUGUACAACUACUCUAAUGCCGUAUGCUACUCAGAAUAGUUCCACGGCAAAUAAUGACAAUUGCCUCAUCGAACUUUGUUCUUUGGCAACUAACAAAUGUAAUAAUCCAAAUAUUUCGCAAAAUAUUACGGCCACAUUACUACCACCUUCUUCCUGCAUGGUAAGAAAUCCAUCCGGCACGGUCUCCAUCGUAUCUCAACAAGAACUUGGUAAAAGAAAGAACUCAGAUUUCAUUCCCCGUGGCAAAACAGAGCAAAUAACAUUUCAUAGGCCUACUACACAUCUGAGAACACUGGAGCCUGCAAAACUUCCUCCCGAUGUAGAAUUCCCUCCUCCAAAGCCAUUCUUAGACUUACCUAAAGGAAACCGUAGACUGGGCAGACGACCAAAUUUCAAAAGAGUAGUUAUUCCUCGUGUGCUUCCACUUUUACCAAAAACUCCUGCUACAACUUCUACAAUGUCCGUCAUGACAUCACUGGCAGAGAAUGUGUCUACUACCAUUUCUUCAAGUUUUAUUAAUGUCCUUCCCGUGCGAGGACUAUCCAUCAUUUCUUGUGCAGAACAACAAAGGGAAAUCAUACAUUCUACUACUGAAGCUAAACCGACUACAACGACCAUCAUAACUGUAACACCACCAGACAACAACAAUCCACAGGGGAUCAACUCGAUGAAACUAGGAUAUCCAACGGAUCCAUCACCAUCAUCAUCCACUAAACCAACGACGCCUCGCAAGGCAGAGGCAGCUGGAUACGAAAUAUUUAUGAACGUUGCUGGAACGUUGAGUUGCAGUUCCACAGAUUUCGAAGAUUUGCUUAAAUUGAAGCGAAAUGAAGGGAACAACAAUUUAAAUGCUGGUGAUGUUGAUUCAAUCUCUCUCUCAUCAUUCAUGGAAAUCUCACUUCCAGAGUCAGCAAAAAUGACUGCAAAUGAAAUGAAUAUUGACGAUCUGGAUAAUUCAAACAUUAGUUUGAGUAUGAUACGUUUGGAAAAGGAUACUCCUCCUAAGGAUCUCAUUACUCCAGAUUCAUCCCCAACAAAACGGGUUUUGAUCGGAGGACCCUGUGGAUCUGAUUUAAUGCCAGACUUUGACAAAACCUGGUCUAUGGAUGGUGGAGAUUUAUCUCUCAGCAACUUCUUUCAUUUCGAUUCUCAAAGAAGUAAUGCUUCUGAGACUCCAGAGAAUGAAGUCAAUUUUCAAGCUAUUUUGGAUGAUGGAAGUCUAGACUUUUCCUCCAAACUUCUCCCUGAUGUCAGACGAUAGAAAAUAAUAGUACAAAUUUCGCGCUUCGACUUCCACUACAGAAACGCGCAACUUUCGAUAUCAGAUAUCAAUAAUGCAAUCAUUUUUUGGCCCGAGUCAGGGCUAACGUCGCGACUGUCUUGUCUGAGACAUGAUAGAACAAAAAAUUUUCCCAUAAGGUCUCAGCUCGAAAUUUCCUUCUACCUUUGUUAUUUAAUGACAAAUGUAAAAGAAAAUUUCAAUUUUUAAAUCAUUUCAAGGACCUGAACCACACUGGUUUGUACCCUAUAUUCGUUGAUUUUUAGUAUAUCUUGGCAAUAUGCUCUUAUUUAUUUAUCAGAUUUUGAAUGCAAUUGGUUUAUAACCGGCAGCCUCAUUACUGGUUUUUGUGUAGCUCCAAAUAGUCAGUGACUCUGAACCUUUUUCUUUUAGAUAAGAAAAUUGAAAAUCAAACACGGGAAUUUCAUAGAAAGAGAAUAUUACGUAACCAUUUUUAAGCAACCAUUUUUGUCGAAACGGAUAAGUAGAAUGAAGGCUGACUCGGGCUACAUGAAGACUGCACUGGAGGUUGUAAUAUUUUACAGUGAUUUGCGUAUUUUUAUCACGUUAAUCACUGUUUUCCUCAAUUAUAUUCUUCGAAAUAUUCAAGUCAUUAUAGCAUUAUCAGCUACUACACUCCGCUUUUGUGAAUAAUCUAAAGAAAAGGCAGGCAUACAGCCUCAAAUAAUAAUUUCCUACCGAACCCUGCCUUGUGGUGCCUCUAUCUACUCCUCAAAGUCAACAAAUUUCAAGUAUAAUAUUUAAUAAGUUUAGUUAGUUUCAAUGUUGUCCACCGCAUUUGAAUGUCCCAUUAUUAGUCUGAAUCUGAAAAGUAUUAACCUCAUUUAUGAUAUUAUUGGUACAUUGUUACAUACAUAUUUUCACAAUUUAAUUGUUACACACAUAAGAAUGUAUUCCUUAAACUUUUUUCUGGUUAUAGGGUUAUAUUUGUUUUGGUCUCACCACGCUUGCAAUUAUGGUGUUUCUUAAUACUUAAUUGUCAUCGUACUUGUACUUUACUGUUUUUGUUAAAGGCUAUACUGUUACUAGCUAAAUAUCCAUUUAUUUAUGUACUAAUUACUUAUCUGUUCAAAUACUUGCACCACACAGCGAUUACUAAAACUUAUCGUCAUACUUACAUGGAACGUUUCGACUCGGUGCUCAAGUCCUACCAGAAGAUUAAUUUACGCAUAAUAUCAAGUUAGUUAAAAGUGUUUUUCAUGGCAGGCUGUAAUAAAUUGUAAGUGUAAGGACUUACUACUGGCCUACUUAAUUAGUUCUAAGAACACAAUAAUGUUUAUAUGCAAUAAUAACCGCUAUGCAAGUUUAAAUGGUAAAACAAACGCGAUUCCGUGAUUUUAUACAAUUUUUUCAAAUUUGGUGAAAAUAAAUUGCCGUAAAUGAAUUAUGAAAUUUAAAAAAA